AUGAAACAAUUAACGGAAGAAAAAAAGAACGAAAUAUGUGAAAAAUUUAUAAACUUGAUAACUGAAAGUUUUGGAACACGAGAUAAAUUUACUGACUCAGUAAGAAAUACUGUGAAAGAAUAUAUCAAUCUAAUCGACCAAUAUGAAGGAGUUGAGAGUAAUUAUCAAGAACAACAAGCCCGAACCUUUAAAUUAAGGGAUGCACUUUUAACUAUAGUUACUAAUGCAUAUAAUGAAGGAGAACGUUUUUGGGCUGAAACUUGGGGAAAUUUUUUAACAAGAAUAAUUUAUGAAGAAAAACUACAAAUUUGUAAACAAAAUCAUUAA